UCCUCAACACUCGUUCACAAGCAAUGAAAUUAAACCACAACAGAAGCGCGUCCAGUUGGCUACAAAGGAAUCUGUCUUGAGAGUUUAAAGUGGUUUCGGUUAAAAAAWGAUUCUAUAAUUCUUGGUAUCGUGCGUUUUUUGUGUACACAGUGAGCUCACAGGAGUUAAAUCUUUUUGUCGACUCUUAUUGAAUAACCGAAGGCAGAAAGAAAAUUAGAUCAGAGAUGCAUUGUUUGGCAAGCUUCUAGAACUAACUUUACAAGAAUCCURGUGCKUUUUUCUACAAGGGAAUCAAAAAUAUGCCUGUYACACUUGAAAAUAUCUCCGACGAYGAAGAAGAACCUCUUUUUGAUCACGAAGAAGUAGAGAGCAAAACGUUUGAGCGAGAAGUCUCAUUUCAKCAGAGGAUUAAAGAAUUUAUUGGAGAUAAGGAAACAUUUAAGCAGACAUUAUGCUUUUGUGGGGUUUUUACGGUAUUUGGGAUGUCGGAUGAAGUAUUGGGUCCUACAUUACUUGAAUUACGAUGCUUGACAGGACAAACUUUGACAAUUAUGAGUUUAGUGUUCUUUGUACAUGAUCUAUGUAACGUUUUGGGUUCGACGUCUGGAGGAUUUCUCGCGGACAGGUUCAAUACUCAUGUKUUAGUGACCAUUGCUCUUGGUAUUAGUGCAGUAUGCAUUAUACUUAUUCCCAUGUGCAGUGUAUUUGUUGCUAUGUUAUUCCUGGCUGGUUUCUAUGGCGCAUGUUUUGGCGCGACGGACACAUUCACAACCUUUCAUCUUUUACGAACAUACGGUAAAAAGGUUUCACCCUACUUACAAGCUCUUCAUUUCUGCUACGGUAUUGGYGGUUUUAUCUCGCCAUUAGUAGCAAGACCAUUCCUCAGAGAGAAAUGUGAAUACAUGAUCAAUUACACUACUAUUGUCGAUGAAUGGCCGUACGCUAACUCWACGACAGAACUCGACAACACAUCCAGUGUAUUUUAUACUCAAGAAUCGGUACAUCGUGAAAGUCACGUGAGAUGGGCGUACUGGAUUGUGGCACUUGCACAUUUACCGGUUAUUUUUGGUCUUCUUUGGCUGAGCUUCACAAGAAAACUUAAGAAAAUGAAAGAAGAGAUGGACAAGCAAGAUCUUUCUGUAUAUGGCAGUCAAACGAUCACCAAUGCAGGCUAUAACCAUCAUAUCGUUGCCCUGUACCUCAAUGGUAAGUCUCCAUGGUUACGAGUAUUUGGUGAGGAUCAAAAACCACGUGUCAUUGUCGUCACAGUGCUUACGUCACUUAUUUUACUGCUGUUUGAUGGACUAAUGGCUACGUUUGGGGCUUAUAUCUACUCAUACGCCAUCAAAGGUGCAGUUCACAUGAAUACAGGGCAUGCAGCCUACUUGAACUCUUURUUUUGGGGUUGCUUGUCCGUUGGUCGAUUUGUAGCCAUAGGAAUAGCACUUUACAUAAAACCACCGACUAUGAUGUUCAUUGACUUGGUUGGCUGUCUUGCCUCGACACUAUUCAUGUUAAUACUCGAACGAUAUGAGGUCGCUUUAUGGCUUGGGACGGCCGGCGUUGGCCUAUUUAUGAGCAGUGUCUUUCCAACGAGCAUUGCCCUCGCAGAAUACUAUAUCGAGAUGACAGCUCCUGUAACUAGCGUCAUGAUUGUUAGUGCUGCUCUUGGCGAACUGUUCCUUCCUCUUCUAGUUGGACAAGUAUUUGAGAGACUUGGUCCUAUCAGCUUUCUUGUCAUCGCAUUCUGCGCAUGUCUAUUAGCGUUAUUGAUUUUCAUUUUGUUAAGAACCGUGGAAGAACAAGACUGGUUUGGCUUUCUGUGGUUCGUGUGGUGUGGUCAGCCACCUAACUCACCCUAUGAUAGUCCACCAUCCACCAAUGUUGAGACUGGAAAAGCACCGGUGUUUGAAACGGUAGAAAUGAACGUACAAGGAUGACGGGAUAGGUUGGGGUGCCUGAGAAAGAGUAAACAUCAUAUAUCAGCUGAAUCAUGGGAUUGCAGGGGUAAAAAAAUACAAGUUAAAGACAGCUGUGUAGCUGAUCUGCUUAGUAAAGAUUCACAGGUCGAUGGGAUAGAUUAAAGAAUCAUAACCACCCGUUGUACCUUGCGCGCUCGUAUUAUUGUUUACAUACGUUUAAAUGC